CACAAGAAAAGGAAAUUGUAAUGGACGUUGGCUGUGGACCAGGAAAGAAUACCAUACAGCUAAUUCUGCCUCUGUUUCCCCAAGCUGAGAAGAUAUUCGGAAUCGAUUUUCUGCCGAAUAUGAUAGAAUUCGCACGGAUUCAUAACUGCCAUCCACUCAUCGAGUACAAUGUGGCCAACAUCGAAAAUUAUUCCAUGCGUAAUUGGUCUAUGGUCGAACAAUGGAAUGGUCAGAUAUCAAAACUUAUUAGUAUUCAUUGCAUACAUUGGCUGAAAGAUAAGAGACGAGGCUUGCAGAAUAUAUUUCAACUCUUAAAGCCUGGUGGUGAAAUAGCCUUCUGUUUUGUUAUGUCAUGUCCUAUAUUUCCUGUAACACUGAAGUUAGAAAGCGAUCCUAAAUGGAGUAAAUUCUUCAAAGAUGUUGACAAUAUGGUUUCAGAUACCUAUAUUGAUAAGCAUGAGUCAUCGCGUUACAUAAAAAUGAUGGAAGAUAUUGGAUUCGAAAUCUUGUACCUUGAAGAAGGAGAGAAAGCGGAUCCAUAUUCAUCAGAUGAAGAAUACCGAGAUUUUUUUGCAUCACUUUGUGUUCUCAUGUCUCAUGUUCCAAGUGAUCAGCGAGAGGAAUUCAAAGAUGAAGUAUUCCAGGAAAUGUUGAAACUGAAUGGUCGAGACAGUAGUGGACGGCCAGUUCAUCGGGCCACUAUCAUCGAAGUAGUGGCACGCAAAAGGGACAUUGAAAACUCCAAAAGCGUUUGAGACUGCUAUUGGAAUUUUUUUAUGCAUGAAGUUAUGCUGUUUAAAAACUUCAUUUUUUAAAAAUGUUUUAUUUUUUUAUUUGAAUUGAUCAGAUGAGAAUUUUUAUCCAAUUUUAUUUAUAUUUUUAUUGCAAUUAAUAAAGAAGCUGGAAUUCUAAUAAUGCUUUAUAAAUGUUUUGUUUGCUUUAUAAAUGUUAAAAUGCUUAAAAAUGCUUUAUUAAUGUUUCGUAUAAAUUAUUUGUUUUGUUUAUCUCUCUAGACAUUACACAGCUUAUAAAUUCCUUUCAUAUAAUGUAAAAUCCUAUUUUGGGGAAUAAUGGAAAUGUAAUUUUUUUAGUAAAGAAAGACGUCAUUAAAGACAGAAUGAAUGACGUGCGUUGUAGUUUUCUCGGUGCUUUCAAAUUUAUCUGUUACAAGUUUCUGCAAACUUAUUAAAAGGAAAUCGGCAACUCCAGCUUCAUCUGAAUUUGAUUGUAAAAGAAUACUUGGUGCAUGGCGUAUAGCUUAUUACGCUGACGUAGUGACAUUGACAUCAAAUAUAAGAUUGACAGAAUCCUUCAAAAUUUAUACGGUGAUAAUAGAUAAGAAACGGUGAUAUAUAGAUAAAAUUUGAAUGGUAGAUUAAAAAUUACGUCAGAUUUUAAAGUUAAAUUUCUUAAUCUAGCUUUCUUUCCAUUGAACAUGAUUUUUUUUAGUAUUCUUGACUUUCCAUCAGCCAUUUUGCUAUUGUUUAUUUUGGUUUUGGGAUUUCAUUUUAAAUUUAAAACUGUACUCUAUAUUCAGAUGUUCAUUUUGAAUUCUGAUGUUUAAACGAUUUCACUGUCCUAGAUAAACGUAAUUUUUCAUGUAAAUUUGAAUGUAUCAUUUCAAAAUUUGUCCAAUAUAGUUCAGCUAAGCUUGUCCAGUUUAGUAGCGCUUUACAAACUGAAUACAUCAGAGUCUUUGUUCCAAAGUUUUCUUUUAUAUUCCAAAAUGUGGGGGAAAAAAGCAAUUGUUAUGAAAUUGUUUUCUGCUGUAAAAAUGUUGAAAAAAAUUUAACACGAUUAUAUCCAAUUUUGUAUUUGAAGCUCUUUUUAACCAUUUUUAUUUGUUCAACCAUGAAUAAACUGUAUAAAGGAUUCAGAUUAUCAGAGUAAUCGAAUUUCAAAUUAUUCAAGGUGCGAAAUUUUUAUUUCAUGAAGUAUGAUAAUUUGUUUCUAAAUGACUUCUUUAAUGUACGGCCCUACAAUUUUUUAGAGAAUAUGAUAAAAACAAACCUAUUUAUAAACACUGAUAUAAGUUGAAAUUAAGGUAUUCGUAUGUGUGAUGACCUUCUACAAGCCCGUUUGAUUCGGAGAUACCAAAUUUGGCAUAAAUAUACUUUGGAGUAUGGAAACGUAAACCUUCGAAAUAUUCUUUUUUUAAUUAAAAUUUUAAUUCAUUAUAAACUAACUGAGAUUUUGACAUUUUUUCCCCGUCAUAACUUCUACAAAUUGACUGUGUAAAAGAUGAUUCUCUAUAUCAUACACCAUUUUAAAAUUUAAAAAUGGGUCUUUUUAUGGAUAUCAAUU